AUGGCGUCCCUGGCCAUGAACAGUAUUAUUCAGAAUGGCGCCUUAGUAACGCCUAGGCUUGGUCAUCAAGUGAGGUUUCUUAGUGCUUGCUCCGCGUCGUCAGCUACCGACUCAGUUAGAGCCAACGUGGGAGCUUCCGCAUCUGCUCGAGCAGAGAACCUACAGACCUGCUUGCGUUGCGGAAAUCCUUACAAUCCGGAUGACAACUCUCCCGUAGCUUGCAAAUAUCAUGGCCAUAUGACAGGAGACAAAGGAUUGUUCGCGUAUGCACCGCCUCAUCAAGGUGUAGAUGGCGACUGGUCAGAAAAGAGCGGAGUUAUAGUCUACGUGUGGAACGACAAGGAGGACCGACCAAAUACAGGACACAAAAACUGGAAGAGGAGAUGGACAUGCUGUGGGGUGUAUGAUGAGAUUGGUGCUCCCUGCAGAUCUGGCUGGCAUGUUUCCUAUGACGAUGGAGCAACCAGAUUCUGA